GAGAAAUAUAUAUAAACACACUACAUUAUAACUUGAGAAAUAGCAAAGCAAUAAUAAACCUUGGAAAAUAGUUACACUAUAAAACCUUAUUAGGUUAUCCGUUUCAACCACUUCUUAUCUCCUCCUCAUCAUCAUCCUAAGCUCUAAUAAUAUUUAGUUACUCUCUUAAUAACUUGUCCUCUACACAUCAAGAUUACUCCUUUCUUCAUUUUCAAAAGAGUGUCAAUUUAUUCCUCUUUCACAUUUUGACACUCAAUUAAACUCAUAAAGACUCCUACGUACUACUUACUCCCACAUUUGGUUUUGAGUCCAAAAACAAAAUCAAAAUAUUCCCCAACUUAGAAAAAAUACCUUUUCCCAAUUACAUGUAUCCAUAAUAAACCAUUCACAUUUAGAAAGGAAAAAAAAGCCCAAUUAUUCUAAUUUCAAUAUAACUAGGAAGACUACACAAACUAUUUCAGCUCACCAAAUCAAAACUACUCUAUACUAAUUUUUGCUUAUUGAAGCAAACCAAUCACAUUAUAACUCAUGACUACACAACUUUUUUCACAUAUUAACUAUUUCUUUCCCAUGCAAACUUCUCAUCAUCCCAACACCAUGAAUAAUAUCACAACCAACACCAAUAACUUCACCGAUGCCACCACGGCCGCCACCACCACCACCGGGGGUAACUUUGUCUUUUUCCACCACCUUCAACUCUUGGAGAUUUUCGCAGCAAUUUUCGUGUUCAUAGCCAUACAUUCACUGAGACAAAAGAGAAAACAAGGGUUACCAGUGUGGCCAGUUCUUGGCAUGUUACCGUCUUUGGCCUCAGCUUUACAAUCCAACAACAUGUACGAGUGGAUCUCUAACGUUCUCAAAACACAAAACGGUACGUUUCAUUUCAAAGGACCAUGGUUUAGCAACCUCAACUGUGUUGUAACAUCUGAUCCAAGAAACUUGGAGUAUCUUCUCAAAACAAAGUUUGUUAAUUUCCCAAAAGGACCUUAUUUUCGUGACACAGUUCGUGAUCUCCUAGGUGAUGGUAUUUUCAGUGCUGAUAAUGAAACUUGGCAAAGACAGAGAAAAACAGCAAGUAUCGAGUUUCAUUCAGCUAAGUUUAGAAAUCUAACGACUGAGUCUCUUCGUGAGUUAGUUCACCAAAGACUUUUAACGGUGUUAGAUGACUCCGUCCAAAAGUUAACGGCGUUAGAUCUUCAAGAGGUUUUGUUAAGGUUAACGUUUGAUAACGUUUGUAUGAUAGCUUUUGGAGUCGAUCCCGGUUGCUUGCAAAAGGGGUUACCGGAAAUACCCUUCGCUAAAGCCUUCGAGGACGCCACUGAAGCCACCAUUUUCAGGUUUGUGACCCCCACCUGUUUGUGGAAAUUAAUGAGGUAUUUGAACAUUGGAACGGAGAAGAAACUGAAGGAAUCAUUGGAAGGAGUGGAUGAGUUCGCGGAGGAUGUGAUUCAGACUAGGAAGAAAGAGCUUUCUUCGCGUUGCGAUGAGAAGAAGAUGAAGUCUGAUUUGUUGACUGUGUUUAUGGGGUUGAAAGAUGAGAAGGGUGAGCCCUUUUCCCACAAGUUUUUGAGAGAUAUUUGUGUUAAUUUUAUUCUUGCUGGGAGAGAUACUUCUUCAGUGGCUUUGAGUUGGUUUUUCUGGCUUCUUGAUCGAAAUCCGAUAGUUGAGCAGAAAAUUCUUGAAGAGAUUUCUAAAAUUGUGAAGGAAAGAGAAGUGGUUGAUGAUGAUGAUGAGAUGGUUAUGGUGUUUAAAGCAGAGGAGAUUAAGAAAAUGGAUUAUUUGCAGGCUGCUAUUUCUGAGGCUCUUAGAUUGUAUCCUUCGGUUCCUGUGGAUCAUAAGGAGGUAGUUGAAGAUGAAAAAUUCCCAGAUGGGACAGAGUUGAAAAAGGGAACCAAAGUGGUGUAUGCAAUAUACGCCAUGGGAAGAGCAGAAGCCAUAUGGGGUAAGGACUGUCUUGAAUACAAACCCGAGAGAUGGCUAGGCCGAGACGGGCGGUACAUGAGUGAAUCAGCUUACAAAUUCACAGCAUUCAAUGGCGGACCAAGACUGUGCUUAGGCAAAGACUUUGCCUACUACCAAAUGAAAUUCGUGGCCGCGUCAAUCAUCUACCGUUACCAUGUCAAGGUUGUGGAGAAUCACCCUGUUGUGCCCAAAUUGGCCUUGACUAUGUACAUGAAACAUGGUUUGAAAGUUCAUCUCUCUAGGCGUGACCAAAAAAUUACUACUUCAAAGGUUAAUUAAUUAAGUACUAAUACAUCAUAUCAUGUAAUAAUAAUACAGCACUUAGUGCCCUUUUUCUUAGAGUUUUAUAUAUAUAAAAUAUAUAUAUUAUAGGAAAGUGUGGAGUGAUAUGACCACUAGAUGAAGUUGGAUUUCAAAUAAGGGAGUGGUUAAGUGGGGAUACUGGAUUGUUUAUAUUUAGUUUUAGUCAUAUGUUGUUUGAGUUUGUGAUUUGAAAAAUAAUCUUUUAUCUGAUUUGCAAUGAUUAUUUGUUUA